AUGGAUAAGAGCCACAACGGAGCAAAGGCGGCCGGCAAGACCGAGACACGCGGCCUCGCACAUUAUCAAGCCGAAUGGGAGUCGAUUCACAAUAACAUGGUUCGACAAAUCAAAGAAAUCAAGGAGAAAGAAGCGCUAGAGGCGGAGCUCGCAAAGCAGCCACUCCACCAACCUCGGAAAUAA